AUGGCAUCUUCCGGUGCAGGUUCGGGUGGCGCCUUUGAGCCGGUGAAGGAGAAACAGGCGCAGAAACAGCCUGGACUAGAGAAGCAUAUGGCACCGACGAGUGAAUCGACGAAGCUUGAGUCCAGCGGAGGCUUCGUCGAGUAUGUCGGCUGUAACAAGUUGAAGGACAAGAAGGUCAUCAUUACUGGGGGAGACUCCGGGAUUGGUCGAUCGGUAGCCAUCCUAAUGGCCCGAGAAGGCGCUGACGUUACCAUCGUCUAUCUACCGGAAGAACAAGACGACGCAGAAGCGACUGCUCAAGCGGUCAAGAAAGAAGGAAGAGACUGUCUCCUAUUCCCUGGAAACCUUAUGGACAACAAAACAUGCGAGAACGCAGUGGCUGCACAUAUCAAGAAAUAUGGCCGCAUUGAUGUCCUUGUCAACAAUGCGUCGAAGCAGAUAAUGUGCAAGGAGUUCUCGGAGAUUGAUCUGGAUUCCGUGCAGAGUACUUUUCAGAGCAACAUCCUACAGAUGAUCGCCAUGUCGAAAUAUUCUGUUCCACAUAUGCAGAAGGGUAGCUCUAUUAUCAACACCACUUCUGUAACCGCAUUCCGCGGCUCGGGGUCUCUCGUCGACUACUCCUCUACUAAAGGAGCCAUUGUUAGCUUCACCAGAGCGCUAUCUCAGAGUCUGAUUUCAAAGGGCAUAAGGGUGAAUGCAGUUGCUCCGGGUCCGGUUCAUACCCCUAUUCAGCCUGCCUCACGACCAGCGGAGCAGAUGGAAGGGUUCGGGUCUGGCUCUAAGCUCGGACGGCCCGGUCAGCCAAGUGAGAUCGCCCCGAGCUUUAUCUUUUUGGCAAGUAAGGAGGCGUCUCUAUACUACGGCCAAAUUCUGCACCCAUAUCCUCUUGGGGAUUAG